GACAACAGCAGCAGCUCCAACAACAACCACAGCAGCUCAAACAACAUCCACUGUUGCUCCAACAACAAGAACAGCAGCAGCUCCAACAAUAACCACUGCUACUCCAACAACAACAACAACAACCACAGCCGCUUCAACAACAACAAGUACUCCAACACCAACAAUAGCUGCUCUAACAACAACAACAGCAUCUCAAAAAACAUCCACUGCUGCUCCAACAACAACAACAGCAGCAGCUCCAACAACGACCACAACCGCUCAAACAACAACCGCAUCCGCUCCAACAACAACCACAACUUCUCCAACAACAACCACAGCCGCUCCAACAACAACCACAGCAGCUCCAACAACAUCCACUGCAGCUCCAACGACAACCACAACUUCUCCCACAACCAUAACAACAGUUCCAACAACAACCAUACCAGCUUUAACAACAACAACAGCAGCUCCUACAACAACAACAACAACAGCAGCUCCAACAACAACCACACCGACUCCAACAACAACAACAGCCGCUCCAACAACGACAGCAGCUCCUACAGCCACAACAGCAGCUCAAUCAACAACCACAGCUGCUCCAGCCACAACCAGAGC